AUGGCGGACAAGGCGCAGCAGGAUGAGACCGACAAAAAUAUCGAGAUGUGGAAGGUCAAGCGGAUCGCGCGUGUGCAGAAGAUGCUUGGAGACGAGUACGGCACAGCCUCCAACAUCAAGAGCCGAGUCAACCGGCUCUCGGUGCUCAGCGCCAUCACUUCGGCGCAGCAGCGGCUCAAGCUCUACACCAAAGUGCCCCCCAACGGCCUGGUGCUGUACACGGGCACCAUCCUGACGGACGAGGGCAAGGAGAAGAAGGUCAACAUUGACUUUGAGCCGUUCAAACCCAUCAACACGUCGCUGUACCUCUGUGAUAACAAGUUCCACACGGAGGCGCUGGCGGAGCUGCUGGAGAGCGACAACAGGGGGUGUCAAUGGCUGAACGUUGGAGGGAGGGAGUAG